UCAAGUUAAUCUGCUGCUCACCAGUUUGGGUGGUGGUUAUACAACUUCGCUGAGUGGAGUGGAUAAAAUGUGCAGAGGAAAAAAAAAGGAACUCUUGACGACGACUCUUCAUAUUUGCUUGUGUUCCUUGCAGGAGACACAGCGUGGACCCCACAAAGCCGUCCAAGCUUUGUUGUUAAUUCCGCUACUUGGGCAACAAGCUCUGAUAAAAUGGACCAGGUAACUUUUGACGAAGUGGCUGUCUAUUUUACUGAUGAGGAAUGGACCCUGCUGGAUCCGGACCAAAGGUCCCUGCACACGGAAGUCAUGGAGGAGAAUUUGGGGAUGGUGGCCUCUCUGGGAGAUGGAACACAAAUGCCUCAAACAUGCGCAACCUUUUUUCUUAAUUCUGAAGCCCUGGGAACAGUCUCUGAGAAACCUGACCAGGUGACCUUUGAAGAGGUGGCCGUCUCCUUCAUGGAGGACAAAUCGGCCCUGCUGGAUCCCUGCCAAAAGCCCCUCUACCAGGAAGCCAUGAAGGAGAAUGUUGGGAUGGCGGCCAUUUUGGGACGAAAUGGACAGAAGAACAAGAAGGAAGGAGAAAAACGCAGGACAUUGGCAGAGAUAGAAGAGCAGAGAACAAAAACUGAGGCAAAGAAUCUGCAUAAAUGCUUGGAGUGUAGAAAAAAUUUCAGUAGCAAUGGAAACCUUAAGCUCCAUCAAAGAAUCCACACAGGGGAGAAGCCCUAUAAGUGUUUGGACUGCGGAUUAAGUUUCACAUGGAAGAGAAGCCUCCUUUCUCAUCAGACGAUUCACACGGGAGAGAAGCUGUUUAAGUGCCUGGAAUGUGGGAAAGGGUUCAGCAGGAAAACCAACCUCACGAUCCACCAAAGGGUCCACACGGGGGAGAAACCAUUUAAAUGCCUGGAUUGUGGAAAGGGCUUCCGUAGCAACAAAGACCUCACAAACCAUCAGCAAAUCCACACAGGAGACAAGUCAUUCAAAUGCUUGGAGUGUGGAAAGGGCUUCCGUUGGCAGUCCCGCCCGAUGGCCGAUCAGAGAAUUCAUACCGAGGAGAAACUGUUUAAAUGCCUUGAGGAUGGAAGACGUUUCAGCCACCAGAUGCACCACAGUUACCAUCGGAUAACUCACGAAGGGGAGAAAGCAUUUAGUUGUUCACAGCGUGGAAAAACCUGUCAUGGCCAGUCUUCCUCUUUUUCUCAUCAAGUGAAGAAAGCCUACAAAUGCUUGGAGUGUGCAAAAAGUUUCAGUACCAAAGCAGAACUGACGAAUCAUCAAAGAAUCCACACAGGCGAGAAACCAUUUCAGUGCUUACCAUGCGGGAAGAGCUUCCGUCAGAAAUCAGCGUUCCUGUCCCACCAGAGGAUCCACACAGGGGAGAAGCCAUAUAAGUGUUUGGACUGCGGGGUAGGUUUCACGUGGAAGAGAAGCCUCCUUUCUCAUCAGACGAUCCACACGGGAGAGAAGCUGUUUAAAUGUUUGGAGUGUGGGAAAGGGUUCAGCAGGAAGGCCAGCCUCAUGAACCAUCAAAGGGUCCACACAGGGGAGAAACCACUUAUAUGCUUGAAGUGUGAAAAAGGUUUCGACAGUAACGCAUGUCAGAAGAUGGGUUGCGUGGUUUAGAUCCUGAACAAGAUGGGUUAUGUAGUAGUGAACAAAGUAAAAUGGAUUCCAUCUUGCUUCUCUGCAUAAAUGAUUUCUGGAUGACAUCGUGAGAAGUGGAAGAUAAGGGAUGUGCCAGCUAAGCUUGAAAAAGGAACUUUUGCCUAUGGACAUUAGUUAUAGUGAGUGAGAGGGUGGUUAGUUAGUUAGUUAGAGCAAUGAUUAUGAGUUAGCACAAUGAUUAUUAGAAUAUGGAUUAUUAGAGUAGGAUAGUUUUUUCAGGAUAAUGAUGGACAUUGGACAUUUAUACUUUCUUGGACUAUUUUGUUCAUUAUGCUUUUUCUUAUGGAUUACCUUCUUGGACUAGAAGAGGGGCACCUGCCUUUUUGCCUUCUCUUAAAUAGCUUUUUACUUGUUUUCAUGGAUUUUUGGGAUUUUUGCUAUUUUUACUAUUUUUGUAUUUUUCAUGGAU